AUGGCUUAUGCAGCAAUGAAGCCAACGAAGGCAGUGUGUGCUGAUUUGGUACGUGGAGCUAAAGACAAGAGACUGAUAACAAAGGGACUAGUGAGAAUGCCCACCAAGGUUCUUAAGAUCACUACCCGUAAAGCUCAAGGAACCAAUGAGUGGUUGAUCUUUUCAGCUGAUGUGGUCAAGCAAAUCUCUUCCAUCACCAUUGAACCUGGUGUUGAGGUUGAGGUCACCAUCGCCGACUCUUAG